GGGCUAUUCAAUUGUGGUUGAGUUCGCGGCGCGUGCGCACUUUCGCGGGAAGCUCAAGUUUUCGCUUUCAUUUGGAGAAAUGAGACGUGCGCGUGAAAUGGGCUUCGUAAAAUUCGUGUAAAAAUGCUGUAUUACGCCGUUGCGAAAUAUAGGUGACGACUUCAGAGCGGCAAAUUGUUGCCGGAAAAGCAAGAUAUAGACAAUUAUUGAAUUAGUUCACUUAUUAUAGUGCAGUGUAGUGACUUCAACAAGUGCAGUGUGAGUUAUAGAAAAUGUCGGGUUUUGUGAAAAUCGCUAUCGACGAUUACUAUUCGGACAGCAAUUGGACAACCAUUAUUGAAAAAUACUGGUUGGCGGCCGAAAAAGUGUCAGAUCCUCGGGUCCAAGGAUGGUUCCUCUUCGACACACCCCUCCCCACCCUGGCCAUGGUCAUAGCGUACCUGGCCGUCGUCAUGGUCAUAGGCCCGCUAUGGAUGGAGAAUAAGAAACCCUUUAAGCUGAAGAACACCUUGGUGGCGUAUAAUGCUUUCCAAGUGUUGCUGUCAUCUUACAUGUUUUAUGAGCAUCUAAUGUCGGGAUGGUGGGGCGACUACAGUUUGGCGUGUCAGCCCGUUGACUACAGCGAGAGCGAACAGGCGAGACGGAUGCUGCAUCUAUGCUGGGUGUACUACUUCUCCAAACUCUCCGAGUUCGCGGACACGAUAUUCUUCGUGCUUCGGAAGAAGAAGGGCCAAGUCUCCUGGCUUCACCUGUACCACCACUCCCUCACUCCGUUCGAGGCGUGGCUGCUCGUCAAAUUCAUUGCUGGUGGGCAUGGCACGUUCUCCAACGUCGUCAACAACAUGGUCCACAUCAUCAUGUACACGUACUACAUGUGCUCCGCGAUGGGACCACACAUGCAGAAAUAUCUGUGGUGGAAAAAGCAUCUCACCACUGUUCAGUUGAUCCAGUUCUACAUGGUGCUCUUCCAUUCAAUCAGCGCUCUCUUCUUCGACUGCGGAUAUCCAAGGAUCAUCGCCUUCGGUCUCGUACUUCACUCCACCAUCUUCAUCGUCCUCUUCACCAACUUCUACAUCCAGGCCUACAAGAAGAAACCCAAACCACCCACCAAUAACAACAUCAUCACUAAUGGAUACGCCAAGAACGGCCAUAUUCCUAAUGGCCAGGAAUCUACUAGCCAAGAAAUGAACGGUAAAAUUCCAAAUGGCCAGGAGAUGAACGGAAAAAUUCCCAAUGGCCAGGAGACGAACGGGAAAAUUCCAAAUGGAUUGGAGAUGAACGGUAAAAUUCCAAAUGGCAAUGGUCACAUCAAAAAUGGAUGCCUAAAUGGUGAUGUCAGAGAAAAAGAAAAGGUGCAAUAAGACUUGUGGGCCUAAUGGUCGCGUUUUUAUCGCAAAAUAAUGCUGUCAGCAUGUGUAGUUUUAUCCACAGCGAUAAAUGAUAAAAACGCAAUCAUUCACAGCCACCUUCUUGCUUUAGUUCCGUAAGGAGAAUUUCGUGCCCUUGGCUUCAAAAUGUAAACAGUCAUGACAUUUUGAAAUAAUUUAUCUUAAUUUAACUGUAUCAGGGCCCUUAUUAAGCUCAUGGUCGUAGGAAUUCUAAAAGAAAGGCCCAAUGCCAAGACCAUUAAGCGUGUGACGAAAUCUCGGACAUAGUCGCAUACAUUUUUUUUUAUUAUAAGAGCGUACGAACAGUGGGAUGAAGAAUUUGGUUUAUCUGUGUGACCAUUUGAAUGCCGUAUUUACUUAUGUGAAUACUCGUGUCUUUCAAAUCUUUCUAUUAACAAUCGAUUUGUAAUCUAAAAUUUGCGAAUCAAAUUCGCCAUCUUGGAAAUUAUUAGUGUUGGGGUAUGUACCGAAAUCUCUCCUUAUAAAUAAAAUAACUUAUAAAAUUAUGUACCAUAUUUUGUUAUGGUUCCACUGUGAGCUAUGGUUGAUAUUAUUUAAGGUGUAGUAUUGUAAAUAAGUACCUGUAAAUAAAAUACAUCGUUUUUAUUCUUCUCCGUCGCUGCAUCUAAUGUAGCGUUCUGUCAGAGAGGGGUAUUCGUCUCUUAAAUAAAUUAUAGAAGUUUCAUAUAAUUUAAAUCCACAAUUAUUGCAGUUUUGAAAGUACUUAAACAGACUUUAAACCUAUAUUAAACGAUAGCCGAUUUAAAAUACAAAUGGUUUGUGCACACGAAAAAAAGCAAUGAAAUAC